GUGGGCUCCAAGUGUCGGGCGCCCCAGCCUCCUCCUCCACGGCUUCGCGUCCCCUCUGUCCGUUCGCUGAGCGCGCGGAUGAGUGGGAGCGCGGGGGCUGCGCGCGGCUCUCUGCCUCGGGCUCCCCCGCCGCGGCCGCGUCCCCCCCACUCCUCCUUCUCGCGCUCACCGUGCCCUGCCGGGACUCGCACCUCGCCGGUGCCCUUCACUCGUCUUCCUCGUGAUUUCCCCCGCUGCCGGUCUCUUCCAACUGGGAAUGCUAAAACGGGACUGAUGGACGUGUCCGAACUCUGCAUCCCGGACCCCCUCGGCUACCACAACCAGCUGCUGAACCGAAUGUCCUCCGAAGAUCGGCACCUGGGCUCCAGCUGCGGCUCCUUCAUUAAGACGGAGCCAUCCAGCCCAUCCUCGGGCAUUGAUGCCCUCAGCCACCACAGCCCCAGCGGCUCCUCGGACGCCAGCGGUGGCUUUGGCAUGGCCCUGGGCACCCACGCCAACGGUCUGGACUCGCCGCCUAUGUUCGCAGGUGCGGGGCUGGGAGGCACCCCGUGCCGCAAGAGCUACGAGGACUGUGCUAGUGGUAUCGUGGACGACAUCAAGUGCGAGUACGUGCUCAACGCCAUCCCCAAGCGUCUGUGCCUCGUGUGCGGGGACAUUGCCUCUGGCUACCACUAUGGCGUGGCCUCCUGCGAGGCCUGCAAGGCAUUCUUCAAGAGAACCAUCCAAGGCAACAUCGAGUACAGCUGUCCAGCCACCAACGAGUGUGAGAUCACCAAACGGAGACGGAAGUCCUGUCAGGCCUGCCGCUUCAUGAAAUGCCUCAAAGUGGGGAUGCUGAAGGAAGGUGUGCGUCUUGACCGAGUGCGUGGAGGGCGCCAGAAGUACAAGCGACGGCUGGACUCGGAGAACGGACCCUACCUGAGCUUACAGAUUUCCCCACCUGCUAAAAAGCCAAUGACUAAGAUCGUCUCAUAUCUACUGGUGGCUGAACCGGACAAGCUGUACGCUAUGCCUCCCCCUGGCAUGCCUGAGGGAGAUAUCAAGGCCCUGACCACUCUCUGUGACUUGGCAGACCGGGAGCUUGUAGUCAUCAUCGGCUGGGCCAAACACAUCCCGGGCUUCUCGAAUCUGUCACUCGGGGACCAGAUGAGCCUGCUGCAGAGUGCCUGGAUGGAGAUCCUCAUCCUGGGCAUCGUGUACCGCUCGCUGCCCUAUGAUGAUAAGCUGGUGUACGCGGAGGACUAUAUCAUGGACGAGGAGCACUCUCGACUGGCGGGGCUGCUGGAGCUUUACCGAGCCAUCCUGCAGCUGGUACGCAGGUACAAGAAGCUCAAGGUCGAGAAGGAGGAGUUUGUGACGCUCAAGGCCCUGGCUCUAGCCAACUCAGAUUCCAUGUACAUUGAGGACCUAGAGGCUGUGCAGAAGCUGCAGGACCUGCUGCAUGAGGCGCUGCAGGACUACGAGCUGAGCCAGCGCCAUGAGGAGCCCCGGAGGACGGGCAAGCUGCUGCUGACGCUGCCCCUGCUGCGGCAGACGGCGGCCAAAGCCGUGCAGCACUUCUACAGCGUGAAACUGCAGGGCAAGGUGCCCAUGCACAAACUCUUCCUGGAGAUGCUGGAGGCCAAGGUGUGAUGGCCCACCAGCACACGGAUGGAUGGAUGGAUGGACACGAUCCAUGGUGGAGACCUCCACAGCCACCAGCCUCGACUUUCCACACCUGCAUCGGGGGCUCUGAGCUGUCCCAGAGGAAGAGGUUUCCUGCUUCCUGGCCAUGUGCAGACUCCUGGGGGACAGCAGAUGGGGAGACGGGGAUGGGAGGGCGGGGGCGGGGGGCUCAUCUGUCACCCGCAUUUUCUUUGGUAUUUUUUCCUUCUCCAUGGGCAGUGCUAAGGCUUGGGCCAGGGCUGACUCCCCUUAGGGCUGGAGACCACCAGAGGAAGCACCCUUCCCCACAACCCAAGAGGCAGCGCAUCCAUUUCCAGACCCCUCCCCAUUCAGGACCUGGAUGUAACCUGGAUGAGCAGAGCUUAGUGUCCAGGACCCAAAAGACUUCGAGUGGGUUCUUCUGGAGGUGUUGGUGUCAGAGAGGGCAAGUCCCUUGGGGCAGGAGUGUCUCCAAAGGCCCUGCUUCUGUAGAGGUCUGUGGCUGCUCCUAAGGCUCUGUACCCCCUCGAUCCAGCUGGCUCCCUCCCCUUCCACCUUUCCCCUUGUCCUGCUACACCUAGGGUCCAGUUGGUGCUCCUGCCAGCCCCGAGUGGCUACAUCCCACCUGCCCCCCCCCAGAAGCCCCUCCCCUGCUUCCUGCCCCUACCUCAGCCAGCCUAGGUAACUCCAGGACAUGUACCCGGGAACUCACUGGCUCAGUAAAGAGCUGGGUCCUGUACCCACUGCUCCUGUUGCCUCUUCCUCCUCCUCCUCCUCCUCUCCUCCUCCUCCUCCUCCUCCUCCUCCUCCUCCUCCUCCUCCUCUUCCUCGGCAUGGCCAGUCUAGAGACCUGUGGAAAGUUCAGAACCUGGCCCCAUCAGAGGGCACUCGGGGGCCCUCACUCAAGGUUAGCAUCCUUGGUUGGGGUGUAGGAUAGAGAGGCCCAUCAGUAGAGGGAAGAAGAUGGAAUGACAUCUUGGAAAGGAAAGAGCUCUAAAGGCCCCCCUCCCGACUCCUCCCUUACCUCAGAAAGGCAAGGCUUUGUGCCACAGGAGGGUAGUCUGUUGACAUUUACACCUGGGGUUGUUGGGUGUAGCCCUCCUGGGUCAAUGCCUGGCAAGACCUGGUGGUCUGUUGUUGUGUAAGGUGGUCCACCAACCCAUCCCACUCUUCCUGAGAGGCUCUGUCUUAAUAAAUCCCUUAGUCCUGGGCACAUAGACCAAGUUUUCCUCUGAUUCACCCACUCAAGGGGCAGUCCUGAGCUCUCACUGGUGUUUAGGGGUUGGCAGAGCUGAAGGCGUUCAUUCUGGGGAAUGCCCCAGGCCACACUUAUUCUGACCCCUUCCUGCAAUGCAUUAGUCCCCUUUUUCAGGCUUUCUGUCACCUCCGACUGCUACCAGCUCUGCGUCCCUGGUGACAUCUCUAGGAGCUGCAGGGACUCCAGAUUAGAGGCUGGCCACUUCCCAGAGUUAAUGCUAAACUUUUUUAGGACAGCCUCCCUCUCCCUGUCCCUCUGCCUACAAGGAAGUGCAUCUCACAGCCACUGGAUGAGUGGAUGUCCAGGCAUCCCUGCCUCCGCCUGAGCUCUCCUAGUCCCUGAUCCAAGGUAGAUAACACUUUUGUACUGAACUGGAUUAACCCUUAGGAGCUGGGCUUGGAGAUCCUAGCCUCUCCCAGCCACUCCCAGCCACACUGCUGUGUCCCAGAGUUGUGCAAAGAGGGUGUUACCCCAAAAGUGAUCCCACCUAGUCCUCAGCACUUCAGCUGGGCCUCCUUCCCAUACCAGCAAGGUAGGACAAAUGCCUGCAGCUGGCUGAGUGGACACUGCUUGGGAGCAGUUAAGUGGGCAGCUUUGUGUCCAUGGUCUACUAAUGCAACUGCCCCCUAAACGGAACCCUUCUCACCCGAGGGGGCUGCUGACCCUCUGCCCCGAGAUAGAAGCUGUAUUUACAAGCAAAGAGAAUAUACUAGUGACAGUGGAGUGCCCUGUGGGAAAGCAGGGUCACCUGGGAACCUGAGUCAGAAGGGAGAGCCAACUCGUUCAAAGAUUAGCCAGAUGGGUGACAUCUGUUUGGCCAGGGUGCUCAGGACAGGGAAAAGUGAGAGACGUCUCUCCAUCGCCCAACUCCCUUAUUCAGAGCAAAACCACAGGCUACCAUUCCUGGAAUGCUUAGAGAGAUCACCGUUCACAGCCGUAUCCUCAGAUACAGGUUACUUCAAACCAAGAAAUCAAACCAAUCUUGGAGGAGGUACUGGCUGGGAUCGAUUUCAUUCCUUUGUCCCCCCCUACCCUUUCUGAAGGUUCUGGAUGGUUUUGUCAUGCCUCCCGGUUUUUUUCAUACACUGAUGACUCCAGGGCCAUAACUAAGGAUUAAGAGGUUCUUGUUUGGGGGUCAGCAGGGUCAGAGCCUAUGCUAUCUGCCUGGUCCUUCCUCCAGACUCCAUUACCCAUGGGAGCCAGAUGGCCGGCGAGGAUGACAGACUUGUGAUGAGGAGACCGGAGGGCCCAGAGUCCAAGCCCGUGGAACAGCACCAAAGAGAAGCACUAUGUGGAGAGAUUGCUUUAUUUUCUGAUAAUGAUAGCGUGGCUGGAAUGGCUUAAGAUGUAUAUAUUUUUUAACCGGCAGUCCUUCCUGCCGCCUUACCUUCCUGUAUGUAAUUCUUGUAUGUGUUCCCCCACAGCCC